AUAUUCUUGUCUUACCGAAGUACGAUGUAAGUCAUCCAGAAAACGAACAAGUCCGUCGAAUGCUCUAGAAGAAAAGUUGCCUCUGCAACACAUCGUACUGUUUUCGUUACUAGAUGUCCAAAAUGUCGUCCAGCUACACGAGUUACAGGCGCCGCUACUCGGAACCAGAGAAGCCCCAGCCACGCUUCCAGUGGCGUCUGCGCGUCAAUAGCCUCAUGAUGGACGAGGGAGACCACGCCCCCUCUCGUGUGGAGCGCGGGGAGCAGCGAGUGGACGGGAGGCGGAGACUUCGCUCGACAGAGGACAAGAAGGCGGAGUCUGUGGGCACGGACAGCAGUGGCUCGGCCAAUGACAGCAGUGGGAGGGGCGGCGAAGCGGGUGGGAGGAGCUAUGAAGCCGAUAGGCGUGGCAAUGACGCCGCUGGUGGGGCACACUCCGGUUCUGAUAGGUCGGAAGCGGAAAGAAGGCGGGACAGAUACACGAGGACUCAGUCUGAGGGACAGCUCAAGCUGAGGGUUCGCUUCUCUCGAGAGGCGGAAGAGUCUCACGAGGAGGAGGCGGAUGAGUCGUGUGCGGAAAACGCCUCUGUCAGCCGCGGCAACAGAGAGCGACGUUUGACAGCGAGAUCCAGCUCUGACGAGGCGUACGGCGGAUGCUCCUCCUCCUCUCCCCAGUCCUCUGUGUCACCGGCUGUCAGCGAGGGCGGGACGGGGCGGGGCGUCAGAGAGCGCCGGAGCAAGUCCCGCAGUCUGGGGUUGUCGGAGAGUCCUUACUCCAGCCCCAGUCGGAGUGACAGCGGGGCGGGCUCAAAGCGCUUCUCACAGAGCAGCGUGGGCUCCAGCGACGGCUUCAGCGAGUCUUUUGAUUGGCCAGAAGAAGACGAAGAGGAGGAGGAGCAGGAGCAGGGGGAGGGGACAGAGCAGGCGCAGCUGAGCGUGUCCCCGCCCAAAGACGACAAGGCAACCGCCUCAGGGUGUUCUCCGGGACCUUCCUCUACCACCGCCCAUGGUGAUUCUGGCUCAUCACGUGAUCUUCAUGAGCGCACAGCAAGGUCAAGGACAGAAGAAACGUCGGCGGGAGAAGCUCGGGGCAGUGUGAGCACGACAUGCGUCAACGUCUUAGGAGAAACCAGAGAGAACCUGUCUGAGGAUAAAACAGAAUCUGUGCCCACGACGUCCACAGACGAUCAUCCUGUAGCGCCCGUGGUUGAGCCGAGUCCACGUCACGAGAGUCGAGAAACGCCACCACAGGAGGGAGCUUGCGGGUUUUCCCAACCCGGGACUUCGGAGAACGUCGAGACAUCAAACGUGGAGGAAAUGGAGGCCGGGCGUGUUCAGCUUGUCAGUCCAAGAGAAGAGACCUUGGGCAGCGGAGGUGUAACCGAAACCGAAAAAGUUUCGCGUAACGGUUCAGAACAACAUUCACUCCUGGAAGAAAACGUAACCGAGUCUUCGAGAACGGGGAAAUUUCUAGAGAAUCUUUCAGCAGAAAUGGCAGGCUCUUUGCAAGAGAAAUCUUCACACGGCGCCGGGACGUCAUCGAGUGCUCGUGGCUGCCCAGACGAUGACGACGAUGGAAGUAUCGAGCGUAUUCUGGAGCAGAUAAUGGCGGAGGAAGAGGAACAGGAAGCUUUGGAGGAGGGCAAAGGUUGCAGCGCCAGACUUCUGAAAGCGUCCUUGGAGCUGAUGUCUGGGACUGAACUGGACGACCUGAAACGUCAGGCGCGGGAUUUCCAGCAGGCCGUGUCUGAGUGCAACGAGGAGCUGGUAGGGGAAGAGGCCGGGGAGGAAGGAGAGGAAUCUUUCCAGAAUGUUCGUCGUCAUCGUCGGCGUCAUCAUCUGUCGAGUAGUUCUGACGACGACAGAGAGGGGGAGGAGGAGGAGGAGGACCGGACCGUUGUGCCUUACUCCAGGCCAGGAGGCAGGGAGGAUGGGGGUGGGAGGGGCGACGGUUGUGAGGACGAUGAUGAUGAUGAGGAGGAGGAGGAGGAGGAGUUUGAUACGUGGGCUGAGCUGCCUGUGAUACUGCUAGAGGAUGUGUUCACCCUCCUCACGCCCAAAGAGAGACACCAAGCCUCACAGGUAUGUCGCCAGUGGUACGACCUUUUCUACUCCCCGCGUGUGUGGGAAACCUUUAUACUGUUGGAGAGAACCCUCACCAAGAAACGCUUCAACCUGUACAAGGGCUAUCAGCAGGAGUUAUGUCCUGGCAAAACACAGCUCUGCUUCCGUCGAGUGGGCUCUUUCUUCAAGAGGAUCGUGGUCACCCCCAUCACCGACUACUUCAACCUGUACGAGUUUCUCCGAAUCCUCGCCGCCUUCCUCCAGUUCCAAGAAGACCACGGGAUCUCGGCCAUGCCCCUGCUGCACACCUUUGACUUCACCUUCGCCUGCGCCACGCGCGGCUACGAAGGUCUUUUGGUCCACGGGACCGGGGGUCAAAUCCUGGAGAUGAUCAAAGAGUUGUUGUGUCGUAUGAGCGACCUAAAACAUCUCAAACUGAACCAGCUGCUUAUUGACGUCAUGGAGACGUCGGCGCUUUUUGACGGUAUCGUCAGCUGUUUCGGCGACAGUCUUCACUCCCUGGAGAUGCUCAACGUAACCAAGGUUCCCCUGGCCCUUCCAGACCUUGCCCGGUUCAGGAAUCUGCUCAAACUGACGGUCAGCCCCCAACAUCUGAACGAGGAGGUCCUGUUGCUGCUCUCCGGCUUGAGUCUUCUGCAUCUUCACUUGCUCCAGGACCCUUACACCUGUGAGUGCGAGCCUGUUUCUUACGAAGCCUGGAAGCUGGUCAAAGAAAUGUCUCCAUGGCUGAGGGUGUACCUAGAAGUUUCUGGAAUCACCAAGUCGCGUCUACUCAUUCAGCCGCGCGCUCCGGUGCACGGUAUUUUCCUCCGCACGCCCUACAGCCGUGUGCGCAGCGAUCUGGUCAUGUCGAUCGUGGAACACUACAGCAAAACUCUCAACUACUUCGUGCAGGAGCGCUUGCCUCGGGUUCACGGGCCGCGGGGGUUCGAGUCUCGGUGUGACUCCUCUCUCCUCUUCCUCGUGCGUCGUUGUCCUUCGCUCCGCACGCUGGUGAUAAGGGAGAGGAUCAGCACGUCCACGCUGAUUCUCCUAGCCAAUGAGAGCCCGUAUCUCAGCACCUUGUUGGUUCGACAGAACGCACUCAUCAAGCGAUGUGAUUGGCCAAGACACGGAGAGUGGUCACGUGACUUUUACGAACGCCUCCGAGGGGCAGCCCUGGAUUACGACCGUUGUACAGACGAGGUGUGCAGACUUCUGCGGCGUCGGUGGCGCCCUCUCUCGGACAAGCAGUUCAUGAGAUUGAAAAUUGUGCCCAGAAUGGAAAUGUUUUGACAGUUGCAAAGAUUUGUCCAGGCUCGAAAAUGUUGUAAUAUCAACGUGUUUCAAUACAAUAACGUUUCCAG